GAACAAUGUAAACAAACCCACGUGGCCGCCGCUUAGCCGUCAAACUCCCGUCACUCCUCAAUCAUUUUCCCCAUUUCCACCUGUACCAUGUCACGACAGCUGGUGGCGUGCAUGCUCAACGUGUCUGAAGGGCGGAACAUUAAUUUGGUGGAGAGUAUAGCCCGGUCCGCCCUUCGAGCUGUGAAUCCGCCGGCGAAAAGUGGUGCGGAGGGCUGGCAGAUCAACGCCUCGGUGCUCAACAUCUUCCAGGACCGAGAUUACAACCGCUCCGUCAUCACCAUCGUGGGGAGGGAGGAGAGUAUUGGGCCCAGCGUGGAGGCGGCGUGCAAGACAGCCUUUGAACUGAUUGACCUCAGCAAGCAAGAGGGGGUACACCCACGCCUCGGAGCAGUGGACCUUGUGCCUCUACACCCCUUAUCGGAGAACGUGUCCCUGAAGACCCUUGGAGCGCUGGCCAGGGACAUCGCGCGCAACCUCACCACCAAAGUCAAGGGCUCCUCUGUGUUCCUCUUCGGCGCCGCGGACGUCGAGGGCCGCGGGUUGGUGGCGCGAAGGAAGGCCGUCGGGUGGUUCAAAGCGCCCGUCGACUACUCAGCCCUAAGACAUGACUUGGGUGACCCUCCCUCAGCUAGAUAUGGGCUUACGGGUGUGGGCGCCAUCCCCUACAUGAUGAACGUCAACAUCACCCUCGACACUCAAGACGUGGCCCUCGGGAGGCGGGUAGCGGCGGCAGUGCGGGCAACCUCACCCUCGGGACUCCCAGGUGUGCAGGCGAUGGCGUUCCCCCACGAAGGCAAGGUGGAGGUGGCGUGCAACGUGGACCUGCUGCCCGCACACCUGACCUCACCUGGAUGGAAGGUGCAGGAAUCCUUAGGCGGGCAGUACGUCUUCACACCGCCCGAGGUCCUCACAGAAUGCAUCCUUCAGGAGAGCGAGGGCGUGGGUGCCGUGGGCGUGGCGCUGGUGGGCUUCACGCCGGAGGAGGCCCACGCCCGCGCCCUCCACGCCCUUGCCAGCGGUGAGGGCGAGGGGUGGAGAAAGGCGAGGGAGAGGAGAAUGUAAGAGUGUUAGUUUAGAAGGAUGAAAGAAAGAAGAUAAGGAAGAGGACGAUGAAGAGGAGGAGCAGGGCGAAGAAAAAAGAUGCAAGGACGAAAAGGAGAAUAAGAGGAAAAUAAAGAAGAAGGAGAAGGAAAAUGAGAAGGAAGAAAAUAAGAACGAUGAUGAAGAAAAGGAAUGAGACAAGGACGAAGAGGAGGAAGAGGACAAAGAAUUAAGAUGCAGAGGAGGACAACGAGGAAGAGGAAGAGGAGGAGGAAGAGAACUACGAAGGAGAGGAAGAAUAUAAAUACCAGGAGGAGGAGGAAAAGAAUGACAGAGAGUUAAGAAGAUUGAAGAGGAAGAAGGGAAAGACGAGGAGGAGGAGAAGAAAAAGAAAAGGAGGAAGAUACAAGGACGAAAACGAAGACAAGAAGAAAGAGGAAGAAAAAAACGAAGUAGUUGUAGUAGUAAUAGUGAUGGUAGUAUUGUUGUUGUUAUUGUUUUUAAAGGGAUUAUUAGUGUGAAGUGUGCUCAGAUUUUUUUUUUUUUUUUUUAGGUGGAAAUUGUAGUUUGAGUUUAAAUUCUUUGGUUUCUUUAUUAUUUUUAUUUUUAUUGGGUAUUAUUAAGUAUGUUGUUAUUAUUUUUAUUGUUGUUUGUUAGGGACGAUGUAGGGUUUUGUCCAUUUUGUAAUAGGCCAAGUCUCUCUCUCUCUCUCUCUCUCUCUCUCUCUCUCUCUCUCUCUCUCUCUCUCUCUCUUCAUUCUUUUUAUCUCCAUUUCCAAAGCCAGUUUAACAUCAAGUUCCUAUAAAAUCCGUACAAUAAUAACCUUGGGACACUUAUAACACAUUUUCUUCGUUAACCUAAUCACCGUAUAGCCUCGUUUACCCUGUGUUCGAAGUCUCGUUGGUUCGGUCCGCUUCGUUUCGUUGGUUCGUGAUUCGUUGCAUUGUCGGUGAACGCAGUAAGGCAGAAGACGAGACGGGACCAGGAAGUGAGGUGUGUGUUUCCCGUUUUUUUCCCGUUUUCUCCACUUAUUACUUGUCCAUACAGCAUUUUGGUUUAGUGUAUAUAUGGUUUGUGGUGCCGAGGAUGGUUUCUGAUACGUGGAAGUCCUAAGGGAAAGCUGGAAAAGGGAGGAAUAGUGAAUUUUGUUGCCAACCAUAGAUCGAGGCCCACAUUCUCCAUCACUCCGGGGCUCACUCACCCACAUUUGGUAAGGCUUUCGUUGAGGUUGGUGUGACAGGCGUUUCCUUUGAUCGUCCUUCGCAGUGCACGCUGAAAUGUGACACAGUCGAAAGUAGCACAGCAGUGAGGAGUUGAAGCCUAAUAAGUCAUAGAAAAUGUU